GGUUGCAGUAAGUCCCCUGUAGUCGUUCAGUAUUAGGGGCUUAGCAAAUUUGGGUCGUCGUGGUUCCCAUGCUGCGGCCCAACUUCCCCGCAACGGGCUAUUGUCAACCAUAUCCCGGAUCAGUUAAUCCACUCUUUACUCGGGCUUGGAGCCUCCUGCGAAUGUAUCCGUGAAGAAAGCAGCUCGAAAAAGCCUAAGAUGUCGUUGCAGUGGUUGUCAUUCCCCACCGUCGCCGUCCUACUACUACUGCACUGCGUACUCUGUCAAGGAAUCGGCGCACCACGUUCCCUAGCGAAUAUCGUGAGCGUUCAACAAGGAGGCCAGCUAAACGGCACCAACUCUUCUUCGCCCAAUGGAUCUGGAGUAACUCCAGUUACUCUGGCCGACGACGGGACGUACUACAUCGUUCUUGAAGCUGGCCUGAUCACCUUUCGUGCAACCAUCGACACUGGGUCUGCUGACUCCUGGCUCAUAUCGACUGCCUGCACGACUCCGACCUGUAUGCAGGUCCCCAGAUACCCAUUACAGUACGACAGUCCGACGUUCGUCAGUGUGAACAACAACGCCAGCGUAUUUAAUCUCAGUUAUGCGGAUACAACAGCUGCUUCUGGCUUCAUAGCUAGAGAGGCAAUCCAAAUCUCGAACGUGACAGCCCCCAAUCAGGCUAUAGGCUUGGUGACGAAUUCCAACGUCACCCUGGUCGACAAAAUUAGCGGGAUUUUGGGGCUCGGGUUUCCUCGUUUAUCGGAAAUUUAUGCUUCUACUGCGAAUGCCACACCGUUCUUUGCGACGCUGGCUUCGCAAGGCAUACUCCAGUAUCCUAUAUUCGGAUUGAGUCUCACGAGAAAUGCGACCGGUACCCUCGCCCUUGGUGCCAUCGACGUUUCGGUCGUCCAGAAUGUCAGCAAUAUCAUUUGGAACGAAGUGGUGCCUUUCUCCCCGAUUGGUACGCAGACGAACACGUCGGGAUACUUCUACUGGUCCAUCUACAUGACGGGAUUCUCGGUCAACGGGACGAGUCUGACCCCUAUACCCACGUAUCCUACCCCAACCGACAACUCCUCUGUUGCACUCUUGGACAUUGGGACACCUGGUAUCUAUGGCCCAUAUCAAGAUGUAACGCGGUUUUAUGGUCUCAUUCCGGGGAGUCGGCUUGUCGAUGAAAGUGGACAGUGGGUCAUCCCCUGUACUUCAUCUCCGACCAUUUCCUUUACCUUUGGGGAUAACAACACAUUCGUGCUGCAGCCCACCGACUAUAUCAUUGGUCCUGCGGCCAGCAACCCAGGCCUGUGUCUGUCGUGGCCGAAGGCGUUACCGCCGAGUUCGGAUGGUGUUGAUUGGCAACUCGGAACCCCGUUCCUGCGUACAGUGUACUCUGUGUGGAGUUAUGGAAUCGAUGACGAGGAACCUCCCAUGAUUGGUCUCUAUGGGCUAUCGAAUGCAUCGGCUACCGUCGAAUCCCCUACCGCUGUUUCUGCUUUCCUCUCGUCCGUAUCAGCAACCGUCGCAACGGUCCUUCCAAACUAUGUCCUGGCCACACCGUCCUAUACCACACCACCAUACACGUUCAACACCUCGGUUCCAGCGACGUUUGGAGAAAUAGUUGCAUCUGAACUGGCGACGAGCACUUACUUCCCCAUUCUUGCUUCACCCACCGUGAACGCGUCCGCUCUCCCGAAGGUCUACGAUGCGUAUACGACGAUAUACACAAAUUCAGAGGGCCAGUCUGUCACGUCGACGUAUCACGUUUCCGAUCCGACUACAGCCCUUGGUGUCCCGCCUGGGUGGAGUGGUGCACAAGCCCUGGGAAUACCUUACUUCGGACUAUCGAGCUCGUUAUUUAUCACGGUCACCACGGCCGUUUGGAUAUUAUCAUAGCAUUCGGACAGCCCGACAAAUCUGUACGCUCGCAGUGCUACUAUAUACUUUUGUCGCUCUUUGUUCCCUCGCCGUAAAGUUGACAUUGCAGAUUCGAUCGUUUGUACUACGACAUCUAGUGGACCCUCUUUCUUGCUCGUAGAAUGACCAAGAUAUAAUGGUUCGGGCUAACAGCGGAUGUUGGUUACUUUCAAGAAAUCCAUACAAUCAGAAACUUCCAAGAUGAUGAAUG